GAAGCCUAGCCGUAUUGACAUGUUCAAGCUGACAAGAUUUAGGGAAAACAAGAAAACAUGGGUCGGGGAUGUCGCAGAAAAUGCUUAUGGUGAGAUGACAAAACUAAAAAAUUCUGAGCAAACAAAUGAAGAGUCAGAAAAAGCAAUGUCUGAUGAUGAGAUAUACGAUAAAGUUCUUUCCACAAUUGUUGGUCCACCUCGGUCAGGCUACAUACGUGGCUUAGGAUCAGGUCCUAAGCCUAAAAAUUCGAAAGUUUCCAAUAAUCAUUCACAACUUCAGGAGGCUACACGGAGGGCAAAUGAGGCAGAAAGACGAUCUACCCAACUUGCAGAGGAGUUAGAGGCAAUGAAGGGUAGUGCAGCUCAACAAAAUGAAGAAUUAGAGGCAGUGAAGGCUAGUGCAGCUCAACAAAGUGAAGAGUUAGAGGCAGUUAAAGCAAAGCAGAACGAGAGACGGACGCUUUUUUGAAAAAAUUGCUG